AUGCCUUCCGACUUGCAAAAAACUGUUUUACGACAUCAACAAAAACAACAAGAACAACAACAACGACUUAUGCAAGAUCAACCUUGGUGGCAAUAUUAUUAUCAACGUUAUCAUUAUCAUCCUCCACCUGGUAGAAAACCUACAGUUUUUGGUCCAUAUCUUUUAUUACAAACUUUAGGUGAAGGUGAAUUUGGAAAAGUGAAAUUAGGUAUUCAUAUUGAAUCUGGACAUGAAGUGGCCAUCAAACUUAUCAAACGAGAUAAUAUUGAUUCUUCUACAAGAAUGACCAAAGUGGAACGAGAAAUCUCUGUACUAAGGACUGUUCGUCAUCCUUAUAUUGUCAAAUUAUACGAUGUCAUUGAAACUGAAAAAUAUAUUGGUAUUAUAUUACAAUGUGCUUCAGGCGGCGAACUUUUUGAAUAUAUUCUUGCUCAUCGAUAUCUCAAAGAAAAAGAUGCUAGUCGAUUAUUUGCCCAGCUGAUUAGUGGAGUUCAUUACAUGCAUCAAAAACAUAUCGUUCAUCGAGAUCUCAAAUUGGAAAACCUGUUAUUGGAUAGACAUCGAAGUAUCAUCAUUACUGAUUUUGGUUUUGCAAAUCAAUUCUCUUCCGCUCGAGAUGAUUUGAUGUCUACUUCUUGUGGUUCACCUUGUUAUGCUGCUCCUGAAUUGGUCAUUAGUGAAGGUCUUUAUGUAGGUUCUGCUGUUGAUAUUUGGUCUUGUGGUGUCAUUCUCUAUGCUAUGUUAUGUGGUUAUCUUCCCUUUGAUGAUGAUCCUGCUAAUCCUGAUGGUGACAACAUUAACUUACUUUACAAGUAUAUUCUCAGUACUCCUUUGGCUUUUCCUGAUUAUGUUAGUCCUGAAGCCCGCGAUCUAUUAAGAAAAAUGUUGGUACCUGAUCCUGCCAAACGUUGCUCUAUGGAAAUCAUCAUGAAUCAUCCUUGGUUACAACCUCACAAAAGUUUAUUUGAAACAACAUGCAUCAAUACCUCUGAAACAGAUAAAAUGGAUAACGAUAAUAUUCAAGCUGCUGUUGAACAAACAUCUAUCAAGGAAUCAGAAAUCAAUUCAUCAACUACCACUAAGGAACAGGAAGAAGAGAAGGAACAACAACGCUUGGAACAAGAAGAAGCUGAUUCAGUUGUACCGGAAUUACCUCAACCUUCGCCAUCCCCUAGUAAACGUCAAUCUACUUCUACCGAUCGUAUUUUACAAUUCCUUUCCGGCAACAAUAAUACACCCAAAGUUUCCCGUCAUUUAUCUACCAAUUCUCCCCCACCACAACAUCGCCGUCCUAUGUCUCUUUUAGGCGAUUCCAAUGCAGGAUCCAUUUUACAAGCCAAAUUCUUAUCCAGUAUUCAACGUCAACAUCAACGUCGUUCAUCUCCAGGAAAGAAUCAACAAAAAGAAGAUGUUACACCUAGUGCUAGUCUUAGUGCAUCUCAUAUUCCAACACAUCAACAACAACAUUUAUCAUUUACAUCGGCUGUCAACAAUCCAUCCAUUCGUAAUAAUAGUCGUACACCUCAACCUGGUACAUCACAACCUAUUCGUGGUACACGACGAAAAGCACUUAGUCUUUUAGUGAACUCGAUGACGGAUUAUAUUAGUCAUGAUGAUCAACAAGGAAAACUCGAUGAUGCUCCCAAUGCUGCUUCCAUGCCCUUAUUACCUUCUGUUUCUGAACAUACGAUCAACAUGACUCAAAGUACCCAAAUCAAUAGCAAGGAAAAACAUCGUAGUGCUGGUAAAAAGUUGAUGGAUUGGUUCAAGAAGAAACCUCUCAGUAAUAUGAAUGGACCUUUUACCAACUCAAGCACUCAUCUUCAUCAAAACAAUAAUAAUAAUACUAAUAAUAAAUUAUUAAGCAAGUUACCAUUGGGAUCUUAUGCUAUGGACUUUAAUGAUGCCAAACUUCGAAAUCAUCAUGGUGCUGUGGAUCAAGAUGCAUUGACAGCAAGACCACCUCCAGAAAUUUUCCAACAAAUCAAACAUACAUUGACAGUGAUGGGGAUGGAGAUCAAACGAGAUGGUGGGGAUUACAAGUUGAAAUGUAUUCGAAAGAAACGACCCAACAACAACAAUAUCGAUAACAACGGGGUAUCUUUCCGAAGACGGAUGUUGAUGCGUAAAUCGGCCGAUAUGCAAUCGUCUUAUGGUGACCCAGCUUUAGAUCCCGGGGAUGAAGUGCGAUUCAGUGUGGAAUUAUGUAAAAUCAAGAAUUUGCCUGGUCUUUAUAUUGUGGAUAUUCGUCGAUUACGUGGCAAUUUAUGGUCUUACAAGUUUUUAUACCAUGCCUUGUUGGAACAAUUGAAUUUAAGUGGGAAUGGGGGUUAUAUCUCCAAUCAACCUCCAUUGGAAACUUCUCAACAAAGAAUUAGUAUGGUUAGUAGUAGUGGUGCAAGUAGUAGCGUGGUAGAAGAAGAAGAAGAGGAAGAAGUAGAAGAGAAUACUUCUUUGAAUCAUCAUCAAGAUACCAAUUGUUUAUCUCCAGUCAAUGAUAUUCCUACUGUAUCUGCCUGA